AUGUCUUUAGUAAACAACAUUUGUGCUCUAAUUUCAACUAUGCAGCUCUUAACUGCAUUCAAAGGGCCAGGGGCCCCCUGCCGUUGGUUACAUUACCCCAGCCACGUCACCUCCAUGUCGGGGGAGCGGGCCUCUCUCACCAAGGCCUUCAGCGCCAGGGACGUGGCGGUCUUCGCCGAGCUCACCGGGGACGUAAACCCCAUUCACCUGGACCCGACCUAUGCCAAGACCACGUCGUUCGAGACGCCCAUCGUCCACGGCGUGCUGAUAAACGGACUGAUCUCGGCCAUUCUGGGGACCAAGCUGCCGGGGAGCGGCUGUAUCUUCCUGUACCAGGAAAUCAGGUUCCCGGCGCCUCUGUACAUCGGGGAGGAGGUUCUGGCUGAAGCCGAGGUGAAGAAGAUAAAGAUGUCCUUCGCCUUCAUCGCAGUGACCUGCUCCGUCAAAGAUAAAGUGGUCAUGGAGGGGGGAGGUCAUGAUCAUGAUGCCAGAGGAUCAGCAACCAAGGGCGUGAUGAUGAUGAGGAUGAUGAUGACAGUUGGAGGGAAUAUUGUAGCCUCAAAUCCAGUCUGUCUGUGCUAACAUUCUACUCCUUGUUAUGCCAAACAGAGAAGGGGUGGAAUGUUAGCACAAGCGGACUGUAUUUGAGGCUAGUUGGUGGAUAUAUUGUAGUCUCUCUUGACAUGACAGACUUGAGCUAACGUGAGAUUUGGUUCUGGCGGCAGGGAUUUAAAAUAUGUUGUACUGCAAACCUGUACUUUUGUUUAACUGGCUUUUUGGAGAUCCUUUUAUGUUUGUUUGGCUUGAGUACCUGUGUGAUAGACGAUCUAUCCGUCUCACACCCCUCUAGGAACAGCUCAGAGGUAGUGUCUUGUUGUGGGACUACCUCCGAAGCAUCUUCUGACAAAUGCCUGCUAAAUCAGUGGCACUGGAAUGAUCCUCGUUUUGUUCAUAAUUUUCACAUAAGUGUUACAUGGUCUUGUGCUCUUGUAUUACAAAUAAUUGCGUACAAUGUUCUUAGUUGAAAUGAUGAUUUAUUGAAUUUGAGGCUACUUUUGUUCGAUCAAAGAUCCUUCUUAGCUGUUUUGGAAAUAAAUUACAUAAUAAAGACCUAGGUCAAUGUAUAUAGGCACAUCUGAA